AUUUAUUCAACAUUUCCUAUCAACAUGGUGCUGAGUCUCACUAAAGAGAAAUGAGUACAAACCCAUAUUGAAAAUAUCCAAGUUGAAAAUGUCAAAUUAAAGUGAUCCCAAAAUGGUAAUAAUAGUUAUGGUGAGGCAGUGGAUUUGGGGUAGUUAUCCCCGCCUUUUUCAACAUAUUUUUAUCCAGCAGUAAAAUAGACUUAAUCAUUAAAUUCAGAGCCUUUGGCACAGAAGAGCUAAUCAUACUUGGAUUGUUUUACACGUCCCUUCCUGCGCCCUUCCAUCCCUCCCUCCAGUCCUGCCUCCUUCCCUCCGUCCUUCCUUUUUUCUCCCUCCCCUCCCCUGUCCCAGCGUCCAAGUUUUGUCUACACUGUGGUCUGCAUUCAAGAACUACAUAAAAUAGUGACUAUAGAAAUAUGGUUUUCAAUACAGUUGAAAAACAAAUUUGAAAUAUGCUCCUGUAGCUCACUUAGGAAGACUAGACAUGCCCCUUAAAUUGUAUUCACUCACUGCUUCCAACAUGUACUCAAUGCCCACUCUGUGCCAAGGCGCAGGUGCGGAAAUGCAUGGGUAAUGAACAUGUAUCGAAUAAACACAUAAAUAUAAUGGAGUGGUACGGUUAUGGUGGAAGAGGAGGAUAAGGAAGGGUGUGGAGAAAGUUAGGAAAUGCCUCAUUAAAGAAAUGUCCUUGAACUCAGUAGUAUGUUUUAAAAAAAGAACAGGGGUCACAAGGGGAUACAGGGGUUGGAAUUUCAGGUAGAUAGAACCACAGAAGCAAGAAGGGUUAGGGUUAGGGUUAGGGUUAGGGUCAGAGAGAUAAUUAAGAAUAAGAGAGGACUGACUGAGCUCUUAUCAUGAGGGACAAGAUAGAGAGGAACCAGUUGAAGAUUCAGUAGAGAGUGGAGCUAAAUGAUGGGGGAAAGUCCUAGACCAGAAGGGAGGGGAAGGGAGGGGAUCAAAGGCCCUGUCAGGACAGGUGCGUGCACGGCAGGAGUGUGUGGGUAGAGGCGGUAGUCAGAGGUGGGUGUGAGGAAGUUCAGUAAAGAAGGUGAACUCUUCAGAGGGAGCAAGGUGGUUGCAGCCGAGUGGCCAAGGCUUCUUCUCAUAGUUGCCGAGAAGGAUUGAUGAAACCAGUAGAAAGGUGGUGGGACAAGUUAGGACGGGGGGUCGUGAACGCGCAGUGGUACCAACCCACCUUUCCCAUGACUGAUUACAGCCCGCACAGUCCCACGGUGAAGGUGCUGAGGAUUUCAUUAGCGGCGUCUCCGUGUCAUCCUCAAGAGCAAAGGUCCUUUAGCAAUUUCAUCUCACGGCCUCACUGUGUUCCUCCUUCUCCUCUUCCUUCUCUCUCGUCUCCAAUAUGGACGGAUUUUUCCUUUCCUGGUUAGUUUAGGUCACUAGGGAAGAAGAAAACUAUCUAACUGAGCCACCUGUCCUGGGUCCUGCCUAUCCCAGCAGCAAGCUCAGGGCCCUGGGCCGGCCUGUAGAGCGGGGGGUUCAGAACAGCGCCCCAAAGGGCAGGUCCUUUCCGUUCAGGGGUUCCAUCCGGCUGCUGUGAGAUUCUCCAAGCCUUCGGACUUGGUCUGCUCAGAUCCAAGGUCUCCCCAGUCUAGGAUAAACUUCAGGGGAAAUUAAGUGUAUACGUGAAUGCAAACAUUCUACCUUUGUGAAAGUUAAUUUUUUUUUUUUACCACAGUAAUGAAGAGUUGGGUGACUUUCCGUUUCAGAGCUCUCCCAUCUCGUCAAUAGGUGCAUUAUGAAAACCGGGAUGCAUUGCAUCACUGGGAAGGACUUGAGACUGUGGUUUGCGAAAGCAGAAUAAAUUUUCUUGGAGUUGUACCGUUAUGCACACACACACACACACACACACACUCACUCACACGCCCAUUGGCAGACAGGGCCACACCUCACGGCUCCGGGGGAAGCCACAGACCUCAGCUGUACAGGCUGAGCCUGGGCUGGAGGAACUUUCCGCAGGACUGAGGACAAGCAGCCCCACAGACCCGACUGUCUGCGAGCCUGAGCCCCGGGCGAGCCCUGGCGGCUGCAGGUACUCGCUGCGCCCCUGCGUCAGGGCCUGGGCGGUGCAGCGGCGGCGGCGGCGGCGGGAGGGUCCGGGGCCACGGAGGCCGGUGCCGGCGUGCGCUCUCCUCCGGCUCGGCAAGCCGCAUCCCCCGGCUCGGCGUUCGCUGCAGGUCCCCCGCCGCCCGCCGCAGCCGUGAACAUGGCUGCGAGCCCCGCCGCCAGCCUCGCCUGCUCGCUGCUGCUCCUCUCCUGGGCUCUGCUCCGCGGCGGCUGCCGUGCGCGCUUUGCGGCCGAGCCGGACUCGGAGGACGACGACGAGGAGGCGAGGGUUUUCCCCGAGUCGCCUCUGCAGAGACCCACGGUGCUGGUGGCCAUCCUGGCCCGCAACGCCGCGCACACGCUGCCUCACUUCCUCGGCUGCCUGGAGCGGCUGGACUACCCCAAGAGCAGGAUGGCCAUCUGGGCGGCCACCGAUCACAACGUGGACAACACAACAGAGAUCCUCAGGGAGUGGCUGAGAAAUGUGCAGAGAGUGUACCACUACGUGGAGUGGCGGCCCAUGGACGAGCCUGAGUCUUAUCCUAAUGAAAUCGGCCCGAAGCACUGGCCCGCCUCCCGGUUUGCCCACGUGAUGAAACUGCGCCAGGCAGCCCUUCGAACUGCGAGGGAGAAAUGGUCAGACUACAUUCUGUUUAUUGACGUUGACAACUUCCUGACUAAUCCCCAGACCCUCAGUCUGAUGAUUGCGGAAAACAAGACCAUCGUGGCCCCCAUGCUGGAGUCUCGGGGCCUGUACUCGAACUUCUGGUGCGGAAUCACACCUCAGGGCUUCUACAAACGGACCCCCGACUACGUCCCGAUCAGAGAGUGGAAGAGGACCGGCUGCUUCCCCGUCCCCAUGGUCCACUCCACCUUCCUCAUUGACCUCCGGAGGGAAGCCUCGGACAAGCUGACCUUCUACCCCCCGCACCAGGACUACGCCUGGACCUUCGACGACAUCAUCGUCUUCGCCUUCUCCAGCAGGCAAGCAGGCGUCCAGAUGUACCUCUGCAACCGAGAGCACUACGGCUACCUGCCCAUCCCCCUGAAGCCCCACCAGACCCUGCAGGACGACAUCGAGAGCCUCAUCCACGUGCAGAUAGAAGCCAUGAUUGACCGCCCUCCGAUGGAACCGUCCCAGUUCGUCUCGGUUGUCCCGAAGUAUCCAGACAAGAUGGGAUUCGAUGAGAUUUUCAUGAUCAACCUCAAGCGCAGGAAGGACAGGAGGGACCGGAUGUUGCGCACCCUGUACGAGCAGGAGAUAGAGGUCAAGAUUGUGGAGGCCGUGGAUGGAAAGGCACUCAACACCAGCCAGCUGAAGGCCCUGAACAUCGAGAUGCUGCCCGGGUACCGAGACCCCUACUCCUCCAGGCCUCUGACCAGGGGCGAAAUCGGCUGCUUUCUGAGCCACCACUCUGUCUGGAAGGAGGUCAUUGACCGCGAGCUGGAGAAGACGCUUGUUAUCGAGGACGACGUGCGCUUCGAGCACCAGUUCAAGAAGAAGCUGAUGAAGCUGAUGGACGACGUGGACCAGGCUCAGCUGGACUGGGAACUGAUUUAUAUCGGCAGGAAGAGGAUGCAAGUAAAAGAGCCGGAGAAAGCGGUGCCCAAUGUGGUCAAUCUGGUCGAAGCCGACUAUUCCUACUGGACGCUGGGCUACGCCAUCUCUCUGGAAGGAGCGCAGAAGCUGGUUGGAGCGGAUCCUUUCGGGAAGAUGCUGCCGGUGGACGAGUUCCUGCCAAUCAUGUACAACAAGCACCCUGUUGCGCAGUACAAGGAGCACUACAAGUCCAGGGACCUGAAAGCUUUCUCCGCAGAGCCCUUGCUCAUCUACCCCACGCACUACACGGGCCAGCCGGGCUAUCUGAGCGACACAGAGACCUCGACCAUCUGGGACAACGAGACAGUGGCCACUGACUGGGACAGGACGCAUUCCUGGAAGUCCCAGAAGCAAGGCCACAUCCACCACAACGCCAAGAACACGGAGGCCCUGUCCCCGCCGGCCUCGCUGCCUUCGAGGGACGAGCUCUGAAGGCUCCGCCGGCUCCGCCCCGCCCCCCACCCCCACUUUGGUCUCUCUGACGGCUGUGCGUCGGUUUGCUCCUGUUCUUUCCCAUGGUCCCAGGCCUCUAACCAAAGUGGUCGAUGGAAAGCGAUCGAUCGAAACUAAUAUAUUUUUGAGGGGAGGAGAAAUUAGAAAUGUAACCCCAAAUUUCCUAGGAUGGCUGGAAGAUAGGCUUUAUGGCAGCCAUUAAGACAAACUUCAGUGCAGAAACUAGGCCUCUGGUUCCUUCCCCACGCACUGCUGGUUCUCCCGUGAGGUUGGAGAGUGCGGCUCAGAGACCCAUCUGAGAGAAGGGUGACGGCCACACUGUCGGUGCACGAGUGGGCAAGGCAGCCACGCCGGCCGGGCCACAUCUGUGGUCCAGGGGCCCAUUUUACGUCAUAGACGUGACCCUAAAAACUCGGGUAGCUAACAAGUUUGUGGGGGACAAUCAAAUGAUUUAAAAUCAAAGUAAUGGGGCUUGGUGUUGAAAGAAAUUCUGUUGUGAGCCUUCGUGCAGAGGGAGUUUUUGAUUCCUGUCCUCGUUGUCCAGUGGGACGGCCAUUGGGUCCGUCCGAGACUUGGCCUUUCACUGCCCUGGCCACCGAAGCUCUCGUAACGAGGUUCCAGGUUGCCAUGGGGUACAGUUCAGUAGUUCUAAACUGGGGUUUGCGUAGAUGUUUGAGGGAGAAAGAACCCAGACCUUAACCCUUUUGGGUUGUGGUCACUUGAGUUAGGAAGCUCUAUUUAUGAAGAUAGAUUUAAUAUAUAGGGGUCGGGCUGGCGUCUAAUUUCUGUCCCGGGGUUCGGCACGUCGGACGCAACCCCCGCCCCCGGCCUGGGAAUGAGUCGCAGGUGGGAGUUUUACGAGUCACGGUUCAGGGGCAGCAGCUACUGUCCUUGCCUGAGUUUUUCGUUCUAGUUUGAAUUAUUUAUUUUACAAAUUGGGGGGAAAUAGCUGUCCGGUGAGGGAGAGAAACAGAUGUGUCCAGUGUUUCUGUGUUCAGAGACCAAACACAGAGGCGCCCCGGGGGGUGGCGGUGUGGGCAGCUGGCUCAGCCAGCGGUCUGGUUCUCCUGCCGUGCACGGGCGGACUCCUGUGUGGGAGGCUGGAGCCAUCUGGAAACAGACGAUCCUCCGUUUCAGGUGAGAGACCUUGCUCAGAGACAGUGGACUGAUCAGCUGACGCAGGCCAACCACUGGGAAGCUCUCGGCGCCAGGUCCUGGGCAGACACCCUCUCUGCUGGCCUCACAGACUGAUUUUCUGUGAAACGUGGGGUUGGAUGACAUUGUGUCUUCGGGGAUCCUCAGCUGUCUCGGGACGGUUUGCUUCCGGUUCAUGUUCGCGUGCACACAAGCAACAAAGCUUUGCUCUGGAAAUAGCCUCCGCAGCGUCCUGUCCACACCUUCCCCGGGGGCCCUGGUGAGGGUCCCUGGCUGCAGGACGGGGCAGCCGCCUUCCACAGAACACCGGUCUCGGCCUUCCUUCUUGAAGUAUCACUGAGACUCCUCUGUGUUGACCAAUAAGCCAAGACACUGAGGAAAGGGAUCUCGGCCAACUCCGGUUUCUACGGCUUAGACACAGCCAUCAGAGUGUGACUCUUUUUUUUCUAGGAGAAAAAAAAAACGAAAGAGAAACCUGGAGAACUUGUGAAAAACCCUUAGGUGAUCUCUGAGGUUUCCUUGGGUGUUUUGUAUUUUGUUUGUGUAUUUCAGUGUGUGUGUGUGUGAUGUUUAUGAUACUUUUUUAAUGGGGUGGGAGGUGGCCGGGUAUGGAGCGUGGAGGAGGAGGUCUGAGUUGUGUUUUCGUGUGCUUUUGUUUAAUAGGGAACACUUUUUUCCCCAUCAGCUGGUCUGGCGGGUUUGUGAAUUCCCAUUCUUAAAAGACAUGGGUCUUAAAUUCUAGAACUUUAGAUUAGGACUGUUCUACUGUGAAGAAAGUUCUGGCUCUCUUAGCCCAGCCACGGCGCCUUUCCGCUUGGGUCUGGGAUCCCAAGCGACGUUCUCUCGCCACAAACGCAGCGACCCGCGGGCCCCGCGUUCCUCUACUGAGUCGUCUCUGCGGCGGUCCAGGGGGUCCUCGGCCUCGCCCUCCACCUGCCUCCCCUCCAGGCUUCAGCCAACACCUCUGCCCUCCGCGGUGUCGGAGGCUUUGCCUCCAGCUCUGGCCCCUGCUCCAGCCUCUGAAGUUAACCCCCCGCCCCGAGAUUCCCCAUCUGGACCUGGAUCUUGGGGCCCAAAGUGGAGUCCUCUGGACAGACGGCCCUGAGCCCAGCGGGGCUGGUGCCACCGAGCGUGGACUGCACGGACCUUGCUUUGGGGUCCUCUGGGGCUGGCCACAGGGGGUUGGGGACGGGAAAGUGCUGGCACCCCAGCGCCCUACACUGUCUGUCAUGCUGUGCCAUUUCAGGAGAGGACGUGAUAAACUACUACUUGCCUUCUAGAGCUCCUUGUAAAAAUUAAAAAAGAUUUGGCUACUGA